CGCCGCCGCCGCCGCCGGGGGGGGUGGGGGGAGCCAGUGGAAGUUGCCGUCGCGCCACCGAGUCCGGACCGGAGACUUUGGGGCCUAACUAGUGAAUGGUAGUGUCUAGUAAGGGUAUGUCCCUUCAAGAGAGAGGUGCCAAUGUCCAACCGGCCUAAUAACAAUCCAGGGGGGUCACUGCGACGUUCACAGAGGAACACUGCCGGGGCCCAACCACAAGACGACUCAAUAGGAGGAAGGUCACAUUUAGGGCAGGCAAAACAUAAGGGAUAUAUCCCUCCUGAGAGUAGAAAAUCUAAUUUUAAGGCACCCAAAGUGCAAUCUAAUACUACUUCUGAACUGUCAAGGGGACACCUUUCUAAAAGAAGCUGCAGUUCAUCAUCUGCUGUCAUAGUUCCACAACCAGAGGAUCCAGACAGAGCCAAUACUUCUGAAAGGCAGAAAACGGGGCAGGUGCCUAAGAAAGACAAUUCUCGAGGAGUGAAACGCAGUGCUAGUCCAGACUACAACAGGACCAAUUCUCCUAACUCUGCAAAAAAGCCCCGAGCAUUUCAGCACAUUGAGUCUCUCUCAGAAACCAGUAAGCCACAUAGUAAGUCAAAGAAGAGACAUUUAGAUCAGGAGCAACAACUGAAAUCUGCACAAUUGCCGUCAACAAGCAAGGCUCACACCAGAAAGAGUGUGGCUGCUGGUAGUUCACGGAGUCAGAAAAGAAAGAGGACAGAGAGUUCUUGUGUAAAGAGUGGUUCUGGGUCUGAAUCAACUGGUGCCGAAGAGAGAUCUGCAAAACCCACCAAGCUGGCUUCAAAAUCGGCCACCUCAGCCAAAGCUGGGUGUAGCACCAUCACCGAUUCUUCUUCUGCUGCCUCUACUUCCUCCUCAUCUUCAGCUGUAGCCUCGGCCUCUUCUACUGUACCACCAGGUGCCAGGGUGAAACAAGGAAAAGACCAGAACAAGGCCAGGCGUUCCCGUUCAGCAUCCAGCCCUAGUCCCAGAAGAAGUAGCAGGGAAAAGGAACAGAGGUCUUCUAAGUCAGAGACAUCAAAACCUGGACCUUCUGGAUUACAGGCCAAAUUAGCAAGUUUAAGAAAGUCUACCAAGAAGCGCAGUGAGUCCCCACCUGCUGAGCUCCCCAGUUUGAGGAGGAGCACACGUCAAAAGACCACGGGCUCCUGUGCUAGUACCAGUCGGCGAGGCUCUGGCCUGGGCAAGAGAGGAGCAGCUGAGGCCCGGCGGCAAGAGAAAAUGGCAGACCCUGAAAGCAACCAGGAGACAGUAAAUUCCUCAGCUGCCCGGACAGAUGAAGCUCCCCAAGGAGCCGCAGCCUCUAGUUCUGUUGCAGGGGCUGUUGGCAUGACCACCUCUGGGGAGAGUGAAUCGGAUGAUUCUGAGAUGGGACGAUUACAAGCCCUGUUAGAGGCCAGGGGUCUUCCUCCUCACCUGUUUGGUCCUCUUGGUCCUCGGAUGUCACAGCUUUUCCAUAGAACAAUUGGAAGCGGAGCUAGUUCCAAGGCCCAACAGCUUCUUCAAGGACUACAAGCGAGUGAUGAGAGUCAACAGCUUCAGGCAGUCAUUGAAAUGUGUCAGCUAUUGGUUAUGGGAAACGAAGAGACUCUAGGAGGGUUUCCUGUGAAGAGUGUUGUUCCAGCUUUGAUAACAUUACUGCAGAUGGAACAUAAUUUUGACAUUAUGAAUCAUGCUUGCCGAGCCUUAACCUAUAUGAUGGAAGCACUCCCUCGGUCAUCUGCUGUUGUCGUAGAUGCUAUCCCUGUCUUCUUAGAAAAGCUGCAAGUUAUUCAGUGUAUUGAUGUGGCAGAGCAGGCCUUAACUGCCUUGGAGAUGUUGUCACGGCGACACAGUAAAGCCAUUUUACAGGCGGGUGGUUUGGCAGAUUGCUUGCUGUAUCUAGAAUUCUUCAGCAUAAAUGCCCAAAGAAAUGCACUAGCAAUUGCAGCUAAUUGCUGCCAGAGUAUCACACCAGAUGAGUUUCAUUUUGUGGCAGAUUCCCUACCAUUGCUUACCCAAAGGCUAACUCAUCAGGACAAAAAGUCAGUAGAAAGCACUUGCCUUUGUUUUGCACGUCUAGUGGACAACUUUCAACACGAGGAGAAUUUACUGCAGCAGGUUGCUUCCAAAGAUCUGCUUACAAAUGUUCAACAACUGUUGGUAGUGACUCCACCAAUUUUAAGUUCUGGGAUGUUUAUAAUGGUGGUUCGCAUGUUUUCUCUGAUGUGUUCCAACUGCCCAACAUUAGCUGUUCAACUUAUGAAACAAAACAUUGCAGAAACGCUUCACUUCCUCCUGUGUGGUGCCUCUAAUGGAAGUUGUCAAGAGCAGAUUGAUCUUGUGCCACGAAGUCCUCAAGAACUGUAUGAACUGACAUCUCUGAUUUGUGAACUUAUGCCAUGUUUACCAAAAGAAGGCAUUUUUGCAGUUGAUACCAUGUUGAAGAAGGGAAAUGCCCAGAACACAGAUGGUGCAAUUUGGCAGUGGCGGGAUGACCGAGGUCUCUGGCAUCCCUAUAACAGGAUUGACAGCCGGAUCAUUGAGGCAGCCCAUCAGGUCGGUGAGGAUGAGAUAAGCUUGUCCACUCUGGGACGAGUUUAUACUAUUGAUUUUAAUUCUAUGCAGCAAAUCAAUGAGGACACGGGAACAGCACGUGCCAUUCAGAGAAAACCUAACCCCUUAGCCAAUACUAACACUAGUGGAUAUUCAGAGUUAAAGAAGGAUGAUGCUCGAGCACAGCUAAUGAAAGAAGACCCGGAACUGGCUAAGUCUUUCAUUAAGACCUUAUUUGGUGUUCUCUAUGAAGUGUAUAGCUCCUCAGCAGGACCUGCAGUCAGACAUAAGUGCCUUAGAGCAAUUCUUAGGAUAAUUUAUUUUGCUGAUGCUGAACUUCUGAAGGAUGUUCUGAAAAAUCAUGCUGUUUCAAGUCACAUUGCUUCCAUGCUAUCAAGCCAAGACCUGAAGAUAGUAGUUGGAGCACUUCAAAUGGCAGAAAUCUUAAUGCAAAAGUUACCUGAUAUUUUUAGUGUUUACUUCAGAAGAGAAGGUGUCAUGCACCAAGUAAAACAUUUAGCAGAAUCUGAGUCUUUGUUGACAAGUCCACCAAAGGCGUGCACAAAUGGGUCAGGAUCCCUGGGGUCUACAACACCAGCCAGCAGUGGGACAGCCACGGCUGCAACCAAUGCUUCUGCUGAUCUGGGGUCACGUUUGCAGCAUAGCAGAGAUGAUUCUCUGGACCUGAGCCUCAAGGGUGAUCGAUUGAGUGACGUUCUCAAGAGAAAACGACUGCCAAAACGAGGGCCAAGGAGGCCUAAGUACUCACCUCCAAGAGAUGAUGACAAAGUAGACAAUCAAGCUAAAAGCCCUACCACUACUCAGUCACCUAAAUCUUCCUUCCUGGCAAGCUUGAAUCCAAAAACAUGGGGAAGGUUAAGCGCACAGUCCAACAGCAACAACAUUGAGCCAGCACGAACUGCGGGAGUUAGUGGUCUUGCCAGGGCAGCCUCAAAAGACACCAUAUCCAAUAACAGAGAAAAAAUUAAAGGUUGGAUUAAGGAGCAGGCACAUAAAUUUGUUGAGCGUUAUUUUAGUUCUGAGAAUAUGGAUGGAAGCAACCCUGCCUUGAAUGUACUUCAGAGACUUUGUGCUGCAACUGAACAACUCAACCUCCAGGUGGACGGUGGAGCUGAGUGCCUUGUAGAAAUCCGUAGCAUAGUCUCUGAGUCAGAUGUUUCAUCAUUUGAAAUUCAACAUAGUGGAUUUGUGAAACAGCUGUUGCUGUAUUUGACAUCUAAAAGUGAAAAGGAUGCUGUCAGCAGAGAGAUCCGAUUAAAGCGAUUCCUACAUGUCUUUUUUUCUUCUCCACUUCCUGGAGAAGAGCCCAUUGGAAGAGUAGAACCAGUGGGCCAUGCGCCUUUAUUGGCACUAGUUCACAAGAUGAACAACUGUCUCAGCCAAAUGGAACAAUUUCCAGUCAAAGUGCACGAUUUCCCUAGUGGAAAUGGGGCUGGCGGCAGAGGAUCACAAGCUUUAAAAUUUUUCAACACACAUCAGUUAAAAUGUCAGUUACAAAGACACCCAGACUGUGCAAAUGUGAAGCAGUGGAAAGGCGGGCCUGUUAAGAUUGAUCCCCUGGCUCUGGUGCAAGCUAUUGAAAGAUACCUUGUGGUUAGAGGGUAUGGAAGAGUAAGAGAAGACGAUGAAGACAGUGAUGAUGAUGGAUCAGAUGAGGAAAUAGAUGAGUCUCUGGCUGCUCAGUUUUUAAAUUCAGGAAAUGUAAGGCACAGGCUACAGUUUUAUAUUGGAGAACAUUUACUACCAUAUAACAUGACUGUGUAUCAGGCAGUGCGGCAGUUCAGUGUCCAGGCUGAAGAUGAAAGGGAAUCUACUGAUGAUGAGAGCAAUCCUCUGGGAAGAGCUGGUAUUUGGACAAAGACUCAUACAAUAUGGUACAAACCUGUGAGAGAGGAUGAAGAAAGCAGUAAAGAUUGUGUUGGUGGCAAAAGGGGGAGAGCCCAAACAGCUCCAACAAAAACUUCUCCCAGAAAUGCAAAGAAGCACGAUGAGUUAUGGCAUGAUGGAGUGUGCCCGUCAGUAGCAAAUCCUUUAGAAGUUUACCUCAUUCCCACACCACCUGAAAAUAUCACCUUUGAAGACCCAUCCUUAGAUGUGAUCCUUCUUUUAAGAGUUUUACACGCCAUCAGUCGAUACUGGUAUUACUUGUAUGAUAAUGCGAUGUGCAAGGAGAUUAUUCCAACUAGUGAAUUUAUUAACAGUAAGUUAACAGCAAAAGCGAAUAGGCAGCUUCAAGAUCCUCUAGUAAUCAUGACAGGAAACAUCCCAACAUGGCUCACUGAGCUAGGAAAACCUGGUAAGACAGUCCCUUCGAUAAACUUGUAAAUGUUAGCAUGCCCAUUUUUCUUUCCUUUUGAUACCCGACAAAUGCUUUUUUAUGUAACUGCAUUUGAUCGGGACCGGGCCAUGCAACGAUUACUUGAUACCAACCCAGAAAUCAACCAGUCUGAUUCGCAAGACAGCAGAGUUGCACCUAGAUUGGAUAGAAAAAAGCGCACUGUGAACAGAGAGGAGCUGCUAAAACAAGCUGAGUCCGUGAUGCAGGACCUUGGGAGUUCACGGGCAAUGUUAGAAAUCCAGUAUGAAAAUGAGGUUGGUACAGGUCUUGGGCCAACACUGGAGUUUUAUGCACUUGUUUCUCAGGAACUACAGAGGGCUGACUUGGGUCUCUGGAGAGGUGAAGAAGUAACUCUUAGCAAUCCAAAAGGAAGCCAAGAAGGGACCAAGUAUAUUCAAAACCUCCAGGGCCUGUUUGCGCUUCCCUUUGGUAGGACAGCUAAGCCAGCUCAUAUCGCAAAGGUUAAGAUGAAGUUUCGCUUCUUAGGAAAAUUAAUGGCUAAGGCUAUCAUGGAUUUCAGAUUGGUGGACCUUCCCCUUGGCCUGCCCUUUUAUAAGUGGAUGCUGCGGCAGGAAACUUCACUGACAUCUCAUGAUUUAUUUGACAUUGAUCCGGUUGUAGCCAGAUCAGUCUAUCACCUAGAAGACAUUGUCAGACAGAAGAAGAGACUGGAGCAGGAUAAAUCCCAGACCAAAGAGAGUCUACAGUAUGCAUUAGAAACUCUUACGAUGAAUGGCUGUUCAGUGGAAGAUCUAGGACUGGAUUUCACACUGCCAGGGUUUCCCAACAUUGAACUGAAGAAAGGAGGGAAAGAUAUACCAGUGACUAUCCACAAUUUGGAGGAAUACCUAAGAUUGGUGAUAUUCUGGGCACUAAAUGAAGGUGUUUCUAGGCAAUUUGACUCAUUCAGAGAUGGAUUUGAAUCAGUUUUCCCACUCAGUCAUCUUCAGUACUUCUACCCAGAAGAACUGGAUCAGCUCCUGUGUGGCAGUAAAGCAGACACUUGGGAUGCAAAAACAUUGAUGGAAUGCUGCAGGCCUGAUCAUGGCUAUACUCAUGACAGUCGAGCUGUGAAGUUCUUGUUUGAGAUUCUCAGUAGUUUUGAUAAUGAGCAGCAGAGGUUGUUUCUCCAGUUUGUGACGGGUAGCCCACGAUUGCCGGUUGGAGGGUUCCGGAGUUUAAAUCCACCUCUGACAAUUGUGCGGAAGACAUUUGAAUCAACAGAAAACCCAGAUGACUUCUUACCCUCUGUAAUGACUUGUGUGAACUAUCUUAAGUUGCCGGACUACUCGAGCAUUGAGAUAAUGCGUGAUAAACUGUUGAUAGCAGCAAGAGAAGGCCAACAGUCGUUCCAUCUUUCCUGAUCACAACAAGAAAUCAAUGUCUGCCUGUUACAGCAAAAGAAAAAAAAAUCAUGAUUUCUUUUCUGUGUGUCACCUGAGUCAAGGAAACAUGUUCCUCCUUCUUGUUGUAGGAAAUCGGCUUGCAGAUUAUAAUUCAUAAUGGCCCCGUGGACUUAAAGUGAUCAGGCCCUAAAACGUUGUUGUGAUGAGGUUUCUUUAGCAAGUUCGUGUUUAAAUUAUCAUUUAUUUGAUGAGUGAAGUUUUUAACUUGCUUUGCUGUGUGAAAUUUCAAAGGGAUGUUUUUUCAGGCUGGAACAAUAAAUGUCGCUGUGCAGUUUAAUUCUGGGCUGUGUGUAUCCAUCUAGCUAAGUUUGCAAUUUGUUUCUUCCAAAGACAACUCUUGUACAUAAGUACAGACAUUAAACUCAUGUGUAUUUGACAACUCUAGUUUAGUAAAUGGGUUCUGUGUGCUUUCCACCUCUCUCAAUUUCUUUUUCCACUUCAUUGCUGCCUCUGCAGUUCAUACAGGUUGUUUUUGUUUUUAAAUAAUUCAACAUGAACAGUUAAAGACAUUUUCAUUAGCCCUGGGCCUUGUCAUCCUGGGCUCUUUCAAAUUAAGAUACAAUUUAAAAUUCAUUGAAUUUAAAUAUAUUCUCAAUAUAAUUCAGCCUUUGUAACUAGGUAAGUAGGCUUUUCUUAUAGCUUAGUUUUAAUAUAGUUACAGAGCACUCCUGGCUUUUUGCCAAGUGACACACUAGGUCUGUUUACAUAAUAUUUCCAUCACCCUCUGGAAAGGAGGAAGGAAAGCGCAUUCAUUUUUCUGUGUAGGUUAAAAGGUCCACAGCUUGGGCUGGCCAGUAUUUAUCCCAUGGCCAGACCAUUUUAAAUUGAUGUCAAGUUUUAAAUUAAUUACUUUUCAUUCCGUAUUGGAGUUUAAAUUAUUUUUUUUCCUUCCCCUACUCCUGUUUUAAGUUGCUGUUCUCAGUCUUUAUUUCACUCUCUCAUCAUCUCCCAGCGUUAAUUGAAUUGCAGAUGAACCGCUCAGCCUUUGUCUCCACACAGAUCAAAGCACCUGUAAACAAUGCUGUCCAUUUGUUUGUGUGCUCAUUUCUCAGAUCUGCAAUAAUCCGUCAGGUUAAUGUUUUUACCUAAAAAUAAAAGAAGUUUGCUUCA